GCCGUCUCACUUGUCAUUCGCUUACCUUCUAACCCGCAAAAUUCUAUUUCACUUUUUGGUUUUAGAUUCAAACGAUCUGGGUUUAUUUGAAAGAAGCGAAAAAUCAUUUUAAUAAAUUGAGCAGACGAUCCCGAACUGCGCACACGAUUAGUGAACCUGAGAACUAUCGCCAAACUGGACAGUGGAUAUCAUACCAUUGACAUUUGCCAUAGACAUUUAAUUCUCCGUCGUCGACAAAUUGACCUGAUUUUUCCUUUUGUAGACAAUUUUUUUCCCUUUUCAUUAAUUUCUUUUUAACUCUUUACUUCGUUGUGUGGCAGCAGGUAGACCGGUUGUUAGCCUCCAGGACUUUUCGAUAGUUCUAAACGAGAACAGACUGUUCUAUUGAACGGAAUUAACGGUGAUUCCUCGAACUAGUUUUCUAUUGAAUGAAGAUCAAACAGAACUUAAUGAAAGCAGUGGAAGCAAAGGAUUAAUUCCAACUAAUAAUUCUCAUAUUAUUCCUACUCCAUAGAAAUUUUCCAAAAAUGGGGACAAGUUCAAUUAUAUUUCUUUGUACUGCUGCGCUUCUCCUGUGUGUACAUGGUAGCAAAUUAACAAGUUCCAAAAAAGAUAAUUCCAAAAAAAUCGUCUGUUAUUUUACAAAUUGGGCUCAGUAUCGACCUAACGAAGGGAAGUAUGUUCCAGAGGACAUAGAACCCAAACUGUGCACCCAUCUGAUAUUUGCUUUUGGUUGGAUGAAAAAGCACAAGAUAUCUUCCUUUGAUUCCACAGAUGAAACUAAGAAUGGAAAGAAAGGAAUGUACGAGAGGUUGGUGGAAAUCAAAAACAAAAAUAAGGAUUUGAAAGUCCUUCUAGCCAUAGGUGGAUGGUCUUUUGGAACUCAGCGUUUCAAAGACAUGGCAUCAAAUCGCUACAACCGUCAACUUUAUGUAUUCAGUGCAAUCAAAUACCUGAGGGACAGGAAUUUUGAUGGUCUUGAUUUGGAUUGGGAAUUCCCCAGAGGACCAGAUGAUAAGAAGAAUUUCGUACUCUUGUUGAAAGAACUUCGUGAAGCAUUUGAAGAGGAAUCCAAAGACAAAAAGUUACCUCGUCUUCUAUUAACAGUUGCUGUUUCGGCUGGUUCCGAAACUAUUCGUUCAGGUUACGACGUACCUGCAGUGGCUGCAUAUUGUGAUUUCAUCAAUAUUAUGUCAUACGAUUUUCAUGGAAAAUGGGAAAGCCAAACCGGUCAUAACAGCCCUCUGUACGCUUUGUCAACAGAAUCGCAAUGGAGAAAACAACUAUGCAUGGAAUUCGGUGUGAAGUUGUGGGAAAAAAUGGGUGCACCUAAAGAGAAGAUAAUUGUUGGUUUGGCAACCUAUGGAAGAAGCUUCUCUCUUCAAAGUCCAGAUAAAAAUGGAAUGAACGUUCCUACUAGUGGGGGUGGAAAGGCUGGUACAUUUUCUCGAGAGGAAGGAUUUUUAGCUUAUUACGAAGUAUGUGACUUCAUUAAAAAAGGAGCAAAGUAUGUGUGGGAUGAUGAACAAAAGGUUCCUUAUGCAUAUUAUGGUGACCAAUGGGUUGGUUUCGAUGAUGAGAAAAGUAUUAGAAUAAAACUUAACUGGAUAAAAGAUAAUGGUUAUGGAGGUGCCAUGGUAUGGACACUUGAUAUGGAUGAUUUCUUAGGAAAUUGCUUAAAUGGACAAAAAUAUCCAUUAAUUGGAGCAAUGGGAGAAGAAUUGUUGGGACAUCCUAAGCGACCUAUUACUGACCUGGAGGCGUUGUCCAUUAAAGUGAGAAAAUCGUUACCUCCUACACCAGCACCCGUUUUGUCUGAAGUCAAUGUAAGAAAAGAUAAAGAUCUUGAUCUCGAUGGACCUGUUGAAAUAAAAGCUGAUCCAGAUGCAACAAAUGCCAGAGUGGCCUGCUACUACACUAGCUGGUCACUGAAACGGCCUGGACAGGGCAAAUUCCAGCCAGAACACAUUGACCCAUUCCUGUGCACUCAUGUCAUCUUUGCAUUUUCCACAAUCAAAAAUGAUACUUUGUCGCCCAUUGACGGAGCAGACACUCCUAAUCCUCCAGCUAAAAAAUCACUUUAUGACAGAAUUUUGGGACUGAAGGAGAAAAAUCCUAAACUUAAAGUGCUGUUGUCUGUUGGAGGUUGGAUAUCUGGCACAGCACCUUUCAAACAGAUAACGAAAUCUGGUUACAGACAAUCCCUUUUCGUUUUCAACGCUAUUGAAUAUUUGCGACAGAAAGGCUUUGACGGACUGGAUAUAGCUUGGGAAUUCCCCAGAGGAGCUGAAGAUAAAGAAAAAUUCUCUAAUCUAAUUAAGGAUCUAUAUGAAGCUUUUGUUGGAGAAGCGAAAGCAGCUGAGAAACCUCGAUUACUGCUUACUGCAGCAGUACCAGCAAGUUUUGAAGCCGUAGCAGCAGGUUAUGAUGUCCAAGAAAUAAAUAAUUAUUUGGAUAUGAUGAAUGUCAUGACGUACGAUUUCCAUGGCAACUGGGAAAGACAAGUUGGACACAACAGCCCGUUAUUUGCUCUCUUUAGUGCCACCAGCUACCAAAAGAAACUCACAGUAGAUUACAGUGCCAAAGAAUGGGUUGAAAAAGGAGCCUCCAAAGAAAAAUUAUUGAUUGGCAUUCCCACCUAUGGAAGAUCUUUCACUUUAAAAAAUACUUCAUUAACAGACAUCGGUGCACCUGCUAUAGAUGGAGGCAAAUCCGGUAACUACACGGGUGAGCCAGGUGUAUUGGCCUUUUUCGAGGUCUGUGAUUUCCUGAAAUCUGGUGCAAUUUUGGUUUGGGACAAUGAACAAAUGGUUCCCUAUGCUUACAAAGGCAACCAAUGGGUAGGCUUUGAUGACCAAAGAAGCUUGAAAACAAAGGUUCAGUGGCUGAAAGAAGCUGGAUAUGGUGGAGUGAUGCUAUGGUCAAUAGAUAUGGAUGACUUUAGAGGAUCGUGCAUGGGCUUGAAAUACCCUCUGAUAAAUACAAUUAAAGAAGAACUUAAGGGAUACAAUAUUGCAAAGCUAGAAGUUCUGAGCAGUAAUAUUUUGAACUCAUUAUUAGAAAAAGAUGAAGUUGUUUGCGAAGAGGAAGAUGGCCAUAUCAGCUACCAUGUGGACAAAAAAGAAUGUGCCAAGUAUUAUAUGUGUGAAGGCAAAAGGAGACAUCACAUGCCUUGUCCUGUCAACUUAGUGUUCAACCCCAAUGAAAAUGUCUGUGAUUGGCCCGAAAAUGUGGACGAUUGUGCUAGUGUAUCAGGUGGUCGAACGGCCUCGUAAAACUAAAACAAAUUUUGCCAACAUA